AGUCUGUCAGCAGCUGUGUUCUCAAUAACUGGUGUACUAGCUACAAGAUGGUUUUAGUACUUAACGGUGUCCUUCAAGAGGAUUGCCCACCGGAUUCAAGAUCGUUAUACCAUACUCAUCCCAUUUAUGGAGAGACUGCUGCACAACUCCUUGGUGUCCCAAAUAAAAUUAUUGGCUCAGUAGGACUUCUGUAUGUUCAGCAAAGAGAAUUAGCAGCUACAGUACCCCAUGACAAGAACGUAAACAUUCUUGGAGCAGAUGAUGUUACCACCUGCCUUAUCGUAGUAGUUAGACAUUCUGGCUCUGGAGCGGUAGCAAUGGCCCAUUUGGAUGGAUCGGGAACAGACGAAGCUGUAUGCACAAUGGUUCAGCGAGUCCAGGAACUAGCACUAGGAUAUCCAGAAGGUCGGAUAGAACUUCAGCUUAUUGGUGGAUUUAAUGAUCCAAGGCAUUAUUCUGAUGAAAUAUUCUACAAUGUUUUAAAUUCGUUCCACAAACAUCCGAUAGAAAUAGAUCUGACCUUAGCAUGUACAGGAGAACUGAAUACGACUAUUAGAGGAGGAAUCCAUUGGCCCAUUAUUUACGGAGUUGGAGUUAACACAAAGACUGGUGAAAUAUUUCCCGCUACUUUUCCAGAUAAAGGUCCAGAUCAUUCGUUAAGAUCUGCCAGAUAUCUUACCGGUGUUCCACAGGUGUUAGAUAUUUACGACUGUGCACUAGGACUUCUAAGAAUAGGCCCUUUUAACUAUGAACCCUUGCGAGGUGUGGAUUUAUGGCUAGAACAAAGUGACGAUUUUAUAUUGCAACACUUAUCCACAUCUCCUGAAGUACAACCACCCCACUUUGUUAUGCAGAUACGAGCAACAUUGAAGUAUAUCCAAGAAAACCAGUUUCCGGCUGUAACCGUCUUUAGAGACAAUCGUCCCCAUUACUUUAGAAGAGACGAACAUUCUGGCAUUUGGAUUCCACUUAGAUAUUAGUUAGUUUGGUUUUGUACUAAUUUAUCGCUUUAGCCGAUGAUCAUUUUAAUGGCCAAAGUAUAACAACAAAUAUUAGUGAAUAUGUUCUGUGACAACGCAUGUCACAGAAAUUAUUGUUUGUUUAUAUAAUUCUGUUAUUAAGAAGUAAGAGGUGGGCUGAUCUAAAACAAUCGUUUGAUAGCAACAACAAAUAUGUAUAAAAAUAAAAGAAUUGAUAUAACAUACACGUUAUAUAAAUUCUUCCAAGUUAGUAACUAAAAAUAAUCGAUUUUCUGUAGUAAAUUAUCACACAAUUUGCCCUCUACUAUUUCCAGUUUAACAUGGCAACUGAAUAAGUUUUAGGAUUAAAAAAAACACUACUGCUUGUUGAUUAUACUGUUUAAAGGAAGCUUUUAUAAAAUAAGCAUUUUUUAUGUCAAUAAUUGUAAAGAUAUAUUAUAAUUUGUAAUAUAAUUUUUAACUAAUAAUACAUCAAUUAGUCUAUAGGAG